AUAAAUGAUCCACUCUCUCCACUCCAGCAUCAUGCUUUCAAAAUAUUUCUUUGCGUCAUGCCGACGCUGGUAGUGACGAACUGCUCCACUACACUCCUCCUGUCUUACCUUUCCUCCCCACUCUCUCCCUCCACUCACUCUCUUAACUCUCCCAUCAGGACCACGGGGAUGUGAUGCACUGACUGUACACACAAGGCUGGGGAGCAACUUUAUUCAGCAGUCAGCGCUACUGUUUGGGAGAGGUUUUGGAUAACCAGCGCGACUCUAACUCUAAACUGAGGGGGGGUUAAUUAGUAAAUUGGGUGAGUGUGUUUUUGUUUUCUUUUUUGUUUUCCUUUUUUCUUUUUCUUUUUUGAAGCAUCAGGUACAACUCAGCAGCCCUGUCCUGUGUUGUAUUACCCAUAUGUCGCGAAAGCAGGUCGACCAUGACUACAACCUGCGUAGUAUGAGCAACCUGAUGGGCGAGCGGUGGAAGAAAGUGAACGAUGGAGGAGAGCGGAGUCUCAUCAAGGCUCCGUCCAGCGCCAGCAUCAGCAGCCAGGGCGCCGCCGCCGGGGCUUCCACCGCUGGUGCCCCGGCAGCUUCCUCCUCCUCCACUGGGGACCUGGAGAGGGCUGCCCGCAAGCAGUUCCAGCAGGAUGUCACGCCUGGCUUCGUUUACCUGCUGGCCGUCUUCUCCGCCCUGGGUGGCUUCUUGUUCGGCUACGACACCGGGGUGAUCUCCGGGGCGAUGCUCCUGCUGAAGAGGGAGCUGGACCUGAGCGCCCUGUGGCAGGAGGUGCUCAUAUCAAGUACUGUGGCCGCGGCCGCCCUGUCCGCCCUGCUGGGCGGCUUCCUCAACGGGCUGUUCGGGCGCAGAGUGUGCAUACUGCUGGCCAGCUUCAUCUUCACCGUCGGGGGGAUCGUACUGAGCACCGCCCCCGGCAAAGAGGUGCUUCUGGCGGGGAGGCUCAUCGUCGGAGUGGGGCUUGGUAUUGCCUCUAUGACAGUGCCGGUGUACAUCGCUGAGGCUUCUCCGCCCCACCUCAGGGGUCAGCUGGUGACAGUUAACACCCUCUUCAUCACCGGUGGACAGUUCACAGCCAGCCUCAUCGAUGGCGCCUUCAGCUACCUGCAGCGUGAUGGAUGGAGGUACAUGUUGGGUCUGUCGGUGAUUCCCGCCGUGCUCCAGUUCGUGGGUUUCCUGUUCCUACCGGAGAGCCCUCGCUGGUUAAUCCAGCGCGGGCUGACCCAGAAGGCCCGGCGCGUGCUCAGUCAGAUCCGAGGCAACCAGAACAUUGACGAGGAGUACGACAGCAUCAAGAACAGCAUCGAGGAGGAGGAGAAGGACAGUGGAGGUGAUGGCCCGGUGAUCUGGCGGGUGCUGACCUACCCCCCCACACGACGAGCCCUCCUGGUGGGCUGUGGUCUUCAGAUGUUCCAGCAGCUUUCAGGAAUCAACACUGUGAUGUACUACAGCGCCACUAUCUUGCAGAUGUCAGGGGUACGGGAUGACAGACUGGCAAUCUGGCUUGCCGGACUCACUACCCUCACCAACUUCCUGUUUACCCUGCUGGGAGUGUGGCUGGUGGAGAGAGUGGGGCGCCGGAAGCUCACCUUGAGCAGUAUCAUAGGAACAUGUCUGAGCUUGAGUCUGUUGGCCGUCGGUUUUCUGAUGUCAGCCCAGCACAGUCCUCCUGUCACCUUCCACCCAUUAGACCCCUCCGUGGUCAACUCUACCUGCUCCAAGUACCAGCUGUGUGAGCCGUGCAUGCUGGACCCAGGAUGUGGUUUCUGUUACCGUGAGAAUGGCUCGGCAAUCCUCACCUCCUCCUGUGUGCCAGUCAAUAAAGCCUCCACUGAGCAGGCGGCAUGGGGCAGAUGCUCCAACUCCAGCCAGAUUAGAGAGCAGACGUACUGGGCCUACAACUACUGUCCCACAUCCUACUCCUGGCUGGUUUUACUGGGCCUGAUGCUCUACCUGGCUGCUUUUGCUCCAGGGAUGGGUCCUAUGCCAUGGACCAUCAACUCAGAGAUCUAUCCUUUGUGGGCGAGGAGCACAGGGAAUGCUUGCGCAGCCGGAGUCAACUGGACCUUCAAUAUCCUGGUGUCACUUACCUUCCUCCAUCUGGCUCAGUAUUUCACCUACUAUGGGGCUUUCUUCCUCUACUCCAGCAUGGCCUUGCUCGGUUUCUUCUUCAUCUAUGGCUGCCUGCCGGAGACCAAAGCUCGGCGUCUGGAGGAGAUUGAGGCGCUGUUUGAGAAUCAGCUUUGUUCCUGCGGCGCCUCGGAUUCAGACGAGGGACGGCAGGUCGAGUAUAUCCGGGUCAAAGGGUCAAACUACCAUCUAUCGGACAACGAUGCAUCUGAUGUAGACUAGGGGAAGUUUCUGUGUUGGUAAACUCCCUCUGAGUGUUUCAGUAGCUUCCAAGAUUGCAGAAACAUGCAGAGUUCUUGGGUUUGAAAUUUUUUUUUCUUUUGUGAUCUGAGGAGCCACUGGUUUCCCUCACUGAGGUUCAAUAUCAGAGCUUAAAAAAACGUUUUGCUUGUAUCACUUUCAAUUCAGUCAAUUCAGGAAUCCAAAAUCAGCAUCAGUGCUUUAGCAGCUAGCAGGGGUAAGAAUGUUUUGUUUUCAGCUUAUUCUCUGAAUUGAGGGUGACAAAUCUUGAGUCUCAACCAUGCACCAAAAUAUCUCAAUUAAGACAUAAUAGUCCUUAAGUGUCUCGCUCAAGAACACUUGGACAGGAAAUAUGACUGUUGAGCACACACUGCAUACACAAAGUAAAAGGGACACUUCCUCUCUCAUAGAGCCCACAAAUCUUAAUGAUUUCCUUUCACAAAGGAAGAAACAUAAACAAGGACAAGCAGAUCAAUUAUUAUAAAGUAUCAGGAAGAUGUCCCUAAUAUUUUGUAUAUGCUUGAGAAUUAUAAUUUAAUAUAUGAUGUUGUGCAUAUCGUAUAAAAGUACAGCAUAACACAUCCAUCCUACUGCAUCAUGUCAGAAUAUGUUUCCAUUGCGAACUCCAUUGAAAAAGGUACAGUAAAUGUGGUCUUAGAAAACAGGCGUCCACAAAACUUAUGUCGACGUGACAGCAGUUGUGACUUGUUGAUCUAUAGUACCAUUAUGCCUUUCUAUAUGAAAACACAUCUCAGUUAAAUGUUGUUUAUGCUUGUAGCAUAGCACACUUGACAUCAGUUCCUCAUGAUGAUGGUCUUAUGUUGUGAUAUUUUUAUGGAAAGCAAACACCAGAGAUGUACAGUGUAUUGUUCCAAGUUUAGCAUACUUGUAUUGUCAGUGGGUGCCUAAACAAAACCACUGACCAGUCUAGUAGCACUGAAAGAAACAUAUUUUGUUGUUGUUUUUAUUUCUACUUAUUUUUUGGAAUGUUUGCAUUAUUUGCAAUUUCAAACCUUCAGUUUAUUGCUUACCUGCCUUUUAAAAAUAGCAGUUUCUAACAUAGUGUGGUGAGUCCAGUUUAACAUGUCCCAAAACCUGCACUAUAAACCAGUGUUUUAAACCAACAUGUCAUGAAACAUUGCUGACUGCUGGUAGUUACUAACCAGUCUGCUCCAUCUAUAGUAGUAAACUAAACACCAUGAUUUAAAGAUUGAAACUUCACUUGUAUUUUUAAGUAUCACUUUCUAUCUUUAACAUGAUAAUAUUAGUGCCUGUGUAUUGUGAAGGUGCCUAAUGGCCGUUUUCAGUCCAAAUCCCCGACGUGGACAUGUAUGUAUUAUAUCAUGUUAUGAUAAUUAGGUUCACAUAGCUUUUUUUUUUACUUUACAUGUACAUAUCUGCAUUUCACCUGUGAUGUAAUAUUAUUUUUUUACUAUCAUUUUGUGUAUUUUUUGAUUUGUCUUCCUCCAUAGCCUUAUGUACAAAUAGCAGAGCAUAUCAUUUAUGUGGUUCUCGUGUCAAAAGUCGAGGAGUAGGCUUUAGCGUAAUUUGCCAGUGUUGUUUUGUAAAAUUGUAAAACUGUGUGCGGUUACACCUUGUUAGUCAAAUACACAUAGGUUUCUGUGUAGCAAACUGUAGACAGCAGAGUAACUGUACAAGAAAUUUGUGUAACAAAACAAAACAGGUGAAUAAGGCGUUAACAGGCCGUUACUGUGUCAAUUAACAGGUUUCUCAUGGAAGAUCAUGUCAAUUUUUGGCUUGUGGUUCUGAACCAUCAUGAAUAAGAUUUAAUACCUCUUUUUAAUAAAGUCUGAAAUAAGGAACUGUGUAGUGACAUUUUCAGUGAUGGGUCAAAGUUGAAUAGAUGUUUGCAUCAAGUAUUGUGAUAUAUUUGGUAUUUUACACAGGGAUUGCUAUUGAAAUGGUAAAUCAGUAUUAAAUAAAGUAGUAACAUAUUUAUCUCAUAAAUUGUAAGAAUGUGGCAUAACUGUCCUUUGAGAAACUUUUAAAACAUUUUUCUCCAAAAGCAGCUUUAAAGGACCAUUUUCAGCUAAUUAUAGUUUAUAACAGCUCGUGAUGGUCCCUUAAGCCAACAGGGUAAAGGAAUCAAACAGUUAAACAGUUAACACAAGUUCUGGUAAUGAUGAGAAACACCCUGCAUAUUCUGUUCAUUCAGCUAUAAGAGAAAGAUCUGUCUUUUCUUUAAAAGUGAAGAAAAAUAACUAUAAUUCAAAAUGUGAAAGUAUUGUUUCAACUGUCAAGAGUUUUGUUUGGUACAGAAUCAGUUGUCUUAAAACACACAAAGUAGUUUUGUACUGAAAGUAUUAUUACAGAUAACAAACACACACACACACACACACACACACACACACACACACACACACACACACACACAAAUUAAGCUGUUGCUCCAUAACACAGAUUGUG